GCUGAGGCUGAAGUGGCUUCUCUGAACCGCCGUAUCCAGCUGGUUGAGGAGGAGCUGGACCGAGCCCAGGAGCGCCUGGCCACUGCCCUGCAGAAGCUGGAGGAGGCUGAGAAGGCGGCUGAUGAGAGCGAGAGAGGCAUGAAGGUCAUCGAAAACAGGGCUAUGAAAGAUGAGGAGAAGAUGGAGCUCCAAGAAAUGCAGCUGAAGGAGGCGAAGCACAUAGCAGAGGAGGCUGACCGCAAAUACGAGGAGGUCGCCCGCAAGCUGGUCGUUCUUGAGGGAGAGCUGGAGCGCUCGGAGGAGAGGGCAGAGGUGGCAGAGAGUAAAUGUGGUGAUCUAGAGGAGGAGCUGAAAAUUGUCACCAACAACUUGAAGUCCCUGGAAGCCCAGGCUGACAAGUAUUCCACCAAGGAGGACAAGUACGAGGAGGAAAUCAAGCUUCUGGGAGAAAAACUGAAGGAGGCCGAGAGCCGGGCUGAGUUUGCAGAGAGGUCUGUGGCGAAGCUGGAGAAGACCAUUGAUGAUCUAGAAGAGAGUCUGGCCACUGCCAAAGAGGAGAAUGUGGGCAUCCACCAGGUCCUGGACCAGACCUUGUUGGAGCUGAACAACCUCUGAGCUGCACUGGGGAGCCCCCAUCCCUCUUCCCUACCCCACACAUGCACCCCACUGGCAUGCUCAGGACGUCAUCAGCUGAACUGCGUCUUGACCGAAUCCACACAUCCAUUGAGAAGGGAAGCCCUGAAGCCUUACACCAUGGCUUGGGGGCAUCUUGUCUGUGCACAGCCUGACUGGCUCUGUCCUGUCUUCAUGUCCAAAUAUUAAAGCAGUUUGACAAGA